CCGAUCCAAAGCGUCAAACUACUAAACAGUCAUUAUAUUUCACUCCCAAAUCACAUUUGUUUUUUGGUGAAUAAUUUGAGUUUUUAAACUAUUUUAAACAAUAUUUCAAGAAUUCGAAGAUGAGAGACAAAAAAAACGUGGAUUUGGCUUCGAAGUUUCACUCUGUAUUAAGACUCCCUACAAGUAUGGAUCUAGAAAAGCUUAGAGAAAAUCUCAAAGGGUACGGCCAAGAACACACAUUGAAGUAUUGGGACGAGCUUGAUGAAGAGCAACAGACAAGACUAUAUAAUGAUUUGGAAAGCAUUGAUUUGGCUAAACUAAACCACUCGUUCACAAUCACAAUGAAGGAAGCUGAGAAUCAUACCGGCGAAAAGAAAGACGAAAGAAUUACACCUAUACCUCCAAAGCAAAUAGGUAGCGUUGCUAGAGCUGGGAAGGACCUUAAGAUUUGGGAAGAUCGGGGUUUACAAGAGAUAGGUGAGGGUAAAGUUGCUGUGCUGUUGUUAGCCGGUGGCCAAGGGACGCGUUUAGGUGUUCCUUAUCCAAAAGGGAUGUACGAUGUGGAAUUGCCCUCAGGGAAGACUCUCUACCAACUACAAGCUGAAAGAAUCGUUAAACUACAAGAACUAGCUUCUAAAAAGUCUGGAAAGAAGUGCACGAUCCCUUGGUACAUAAUGACGAGCGAACACACCAAAGGUAGCACAGACAAUUUCUUCACUGAACACAACUACUUUGGUCUUGGAAAGGAGAAUAUCAUUUUGUUUGAACAACACACAAUMCCAUGUCUCACAUUCGAGGGGAAAAUAAUUCUACAGAGUCCAGGAAAAGUUGCAAGAGCUCCGGAUGGAAAUGGUGGAUUGUAUGCUGCACUGAGUUCUAGUAACAUUGUCCAGGACAUGCAGAAGCGUGGUGUUGAAUUUGUACAUGUUUACUGUGUAGAUAAUAUUCUAGUCAAAAUGGCAGAUCCAGUGUUUAUGGGAUUCUGUGUGGAGAGAUCAGCAGAGUGUGGAGCCAAGGUUGUGGAGAAGAAACAGCCGACAGAAGCAGUAGGUGUAAUCUGUGUAUGUGAUGGAAAAUAUGAGGUAGUAGAAUACAGUGAAAUUUCUCUAGCUGUAGCCGAGAGAAAAGAUGCCAAUGGAAAAUUGACCUUCAGAGAAGGAAACAUAGCCAACCACUUCUUUACAGUCAAGUUUUUAGACAGAUUUUGCAGAGAAUCGGAAGAUGAGCUCCCAUUUCACUUGGCCAAGAAAAAGAUUCCAUAUGUUGAUGAAAGUCGACAAACGGUUAAGCCUGACAAACCAAAUGGCAUCAAGCUUGAGAAGUUUGUAUUCGAUGUCUUUCAGUUUACAGACAAGUUUGCUGUACUGGAGAGUUUGAGAGAAGAUGAGUUCUCGCCAUUAAAAAACGCCGGCACUGGCAAGGACAGUCCUGCAUCAGCCARACAGUCAUUGAUCAGCCUCCACUACAGACAGAUCAUCAGUGCUGGUGGUAAAUUUGUGGACAGCAAUGGGGAGGUUCUUCCUGCUAUAUCUAAAGAUGAAGCAAGUUCAAUAGUUUGUGAGAUUUCUCCUCUUCUAUCCUACUUUGGAGAGAAUCUUGAAGAAGUUGUCAAGGAUAGAAAAUUUAUGGCUUCAGAAGUUCUUCACCUUAAGGGUCCUGGUGAAGAAGAAAAUGGUGAACCACAAUCAAAGAAAACCAAAGGAGAUUGAUUCAUGAUGGAAAGAUGAUUUUUUAAAUGUAGCUAUAGCUAGUCAAAAUAAUUCAAUGGAAGAUUCAWCAGUUAGGGCAUUCAAAUGAUUCAAAAUUGCAUACGACUUAACCAGUGUCCCUUGAGCACCUUUUUUUCAGUUUGUUAGAAUUCCAAUUGUCUUAUUAUUCUCAUUUAUAUAUUAUAGGGAUUCAAAAUUUGAAAACAAAAUUCAAGUGUUCUGCUAGGUGUCAGAAGUUAAGCAAACAACCAAAAAUUAUUAAUUCACACGUGUACAGUAGUUCAGUAUAAUCAAUGUGCRCUCUCUUGAAAGGAAACAUUAAUGGUGAACUGAACAUUAUUAAAUAGUAUUAUGUGAUAAUGAUUUCAUUAGGUUUUGACAUGAUAUAGGAGAUCAUCAACUAGCUAGAGAGUGAACAGUUUACAAUAUUACUUAAGCUACAAAAUUAAUGAUUUUUUAGGCGAUAAUUGUUCAUUUACCAUAGCAUUCUCUGAUUCUGGAUUUAAUUGAUGUGUACCGGUAAAUAUCAGGCUUAAAAGCUUACAUUUAGGGGGUACACCACAUGGGUAUUUAGGUAUUACAUUACUGACAUCAGUAUGAUGUGUAAUAGGAUUUCAGAGUAACGUAUAGCACUAGCUGCUGUGAUGUUAGCUUUUGUCAUUACUAURUAUGUCAACCAGAGAUCAAAUUCCCUGAUUAUUAUUGUGAUAAUGAUUGGAAAACUAACGAUGAUCACAGUGCUAAUGUUUGUAAACACCAACUACUGUAGUGCUACUGAACAUUAUUCUAAGAAUCUUGUUCUCAAGUGAUGCGAAAAUUUUAUUUGCACUUAAAAGCUAGGUCUUAUUGUUAUUUUUGGCUGAUUUAUUUACGGGUUACAGAUACAAUCCUUGCGAAAAUUGUUGGCACAGGAGAAAGGCCCAUGAGACAGCACUUUCAUUUCAAAACCACGGUGGUGUUUGGUGUUUGGGGAAGGGGGGGAGUUUUUAUUUAUAAAAGAAUCGCGAGUCAUAUUCUUGUGUGAAAUGAUAAUAUCAUGCUAAGCUUGAAUCAGCAAGGAUUGUACAUGUAGUUUUAACAAAAAAAUUGUGCACAUGUAUGUACUGUACAUCCACUGGCUUAACUCAUAAUUUGCAUAUUUCAUGCACCACAGACAGGAAACACUGUUCACUGAAAUUUACUGAAAGUGGAGUGAUGUUAAUUAACACGUGAAACGAAGUUGUAUUAGUGGGUAAUAGUCAUAAUUCCCUGCUAGCAGAGUCUCUCUUCUCUUUCUCUCCCUUCUUUUAGGCGGGGGGAAGGAGACUCUGCCGAUGUAGAGCUUUUCCUUUGAUACACUGCUGUCCACGAUUGUGGACGAACAAAACCAGUUUUAAAACCGAUUACAUGUAGUGCGCAUGAGCAAAUGUAACACACYGUGGCGCCAAACAUCGUUUGACGAGAGYGGCUGUCAAAAUCAUGACAGUGUUGCUAAGUUACGCCACGCAUGCAAGACAGAAAUAACGUCCUACAUCAGCAGAGUCUAUUUUUCUCUCCAAAACAAAACACAAAGGAAAAUAGGCUCUGCUAGCAGGGAAUAGUCAUAAGAAAAAACAAACAAACAAACAAUGGAAUUAGUGUCUACUAUUAUGUAUUAUACUUACAAUACUUUCACAGGUUAAGUAAAGUCACUAUUAAUCUUAGACCACUAUGUAAUGGUGUGUACUUUCUGUAUGAGGAAUUAAUAAAAAUCUAAAUUUUUA